GAGUGCUUGGCGCCGGGAGCAUUGCACAUGGCCUGCUAAGUAAAAUUUCUGGAUAACGACUUUGUGUUCCGCUGCAGAGCUAUUUUCCUUUGAAUUAGUCACAAACGGCAUCUAAAUGAGAGAUACAGAGGAUAUGGAGGCUGAAGCCGAGUUUGAUGAAGGCGAAGAGCCUUCAUUCAGCGAUCCUGAGGAUUUCGAAGAUGACAUCAGUGAUCAGGAGCUUUUGGAGGACGUUCUCAGGGAGAAGCCACAGGAGGCCGAUGGUAUUGACUCGGUCAUUCUCGUGGAUAACGUCCCUCAGGUUGGACCAGAGCGUUUAGAGAAACUCAAAAAUGUCGUCCACAAAAUCUUCUCAAAGUUUGGGAAAAUCACCAAUGAAUUCUACCCCGAAGCUGAUGGCAAGACCAAAGGGUACAUCUUUCUGGAGUAUUCUGCGCCAAGCCAUGCGCAUGAAGCAGUGAAGAAUGCCGAUGGGUAUAAGCUGGAUAAGCAGCACACAUUUCGUGUCAAUCUCUUCACAGACUUUGACAAGUACAUGGCAAUCAGUGAUGAGUGGGAAGCUCCAGAGAAACAGCCCUUUAAAGACUUUGGCAAUCUCCGUCACUGGUUGGAGGAUCCUGACUGUCGUGAUCAGUAUAGCGUGAUCUAUGAAUCUGGUGAAAGAACUGGCAUUUUUUCCAACGAUAUCAAGGAGCCCAUCUUAGUGGAGGAGAGGGCGCGCUGGACAGAAACAUAUGUGCGCUGGUCUCCCAAAGGCACCUACCUGGCUACAUUCCAUCAACGAGGGAUUGCUCUGUGGGGAGGAGAGAAGUUCAAGCAGAUUCAGAGGUUCAGCCAUCAGGGAGUGCAACUCAUUGACUUCUCUCCAUGUGAGAGAUACGUGGUCACUUUCAGUCCGCUCAUGGACACAAAAGAUGAUCCUCAGGCAAUCAUUAUCUGGGAUGUCCUGACUGGGCAGAAGAAAAGAGGGUUUCACUGUGAAAGCUCUGCCCACUGGCCUAUCUUCAAGUGGAGUCAAGAUGGAAAGUUUUUUGCCAGAAUGACUCAGGACACACUUAGUAUCUAUGAGACUCCAUCCAUGGGCCUCCUGGAUAAGAAAAGUUUGAAGAUAAAUGGAAUUAAAGAUUUCUCCUGGUCCCCCGGUGACAAUAUCAUUGCUUUCUGGGUGCCUGAGGACAAAGACAUCCCAGCCAGAGUGACCCUUAUGCAGCUCCCAUCCAGGCAUGAGAUCAGGGUCCGGAACCUGUUUAACGUGGUGGACUGCAAGCUUCACUGGCAGAAAAACGGUGACUACUUGUGUGUGAAGGUGGACAGGACUCCAAAAGGAACACAGGGUGUGGUUACAAACUUUGAGAUCUUCAGAAUGAGGGAAAAGCAGGUCCCUGUGGACGUUGUGGAAAUGAAAGAGAGCAUCAUUGCUUUUGCUUGGGAACCAAAUGGCAGCAAGUUUGCUGUGCUGCAUGGUGAAUCUCCAAGGAUUAACGCAUCUUUCUACCACGUGAAAAACAACGGCAAGAUCGACCUGAUCAAGAUGUUUGACAAGCAGCAGGCCAACAGCAUCUUCUGGAGUCCUCAGGGACAGUUUUUGGUCUUGGCCGGACUCAGAAGCAUGAAUGGAGCCCUGGCGUUUGUGGACACCUCAGACUGCACCAUGAUGAACAUUGCUGAACAUUACAUGGCUUCGGACGUGGAGUGGGAUCCGACAGGCCGAUUUGUGGUGACUUCUGUCUCCUGGUGGAGUCACAAGGUGGACAACGCCUACUGGCUCUGGACUUUCCAGGGCCGACUUCUGCAGAAGAACAACAAAGAACGCUUCUGUCAGUUACUGUGGAGACCACGCCCACCCACUCUUCUCACUCAAGAGCAGAUUAAGAACAUCAAGAAGGACCUGAAGAAAUACUCCAAGAUCUUUGAGCAGAAGGAUCGUCUCAGUCAGUCCAAGGCAUCAAAGGAACUCGUGGACAAGAGACGCUCCAUGAUGGAGGAGUAUCGCAAGUACCGCGAGGCUGCCAUGCUGAGGCACCAGGAGCAGAGACCUCUCCGUCUGGAGCUCAGAGGAGGCGUGGACACUGACGAACUGGACAGCAAUGUUGAUGACUGGGAGGAGGAGACCAUUGAGUUUUUCAUCAAUGAAGAAAUUAUUCCCCUUGGAGACCUAGCGUAAUCCCAAUAACUGUGUUUCGUGUUUUUGUUUCUCCCCUUUCCUUGAAGAGGAGUGCAGGCGUGUUGGGGGGAACACAGUUGAGAUUUUUCUAAAGUAUCGGGUGAUUCCUUUCUCUCCUGGAUAAUUCUUGAUCAGCAUCAAUUGAGUGCCUUUUAAUAUUGGUAACUGUGGAAGGAGAAUUCUGUGCCACUGUUUUGCUGCUUCAUUUGGUACCUGUUCCACUUUUAGGAGACCACUCUCUGCACGAGAGCUCUGCCUUCUUUUUUUUUUUUUUUUUUUUUUCUACGGCCAAGUUUAUACUUUUUUUCUACGGCUCGAUUCUGCGAACGAGUAAAAGCUUGGCCUCGUCGUUCAGGGCUUUAACCACGUCACACCACGUGCCACGAACUGUUUUUACAUCACCGACAGAAUGGAAAAGCGUCUCUCUCUGAAGGUUUUCCAGACGUCGGAGCGUUCUAGUGUGCUAAACUGGCACUACAGCUGGCUCUAUCCUCCUCCGUUCAGAUUAUCUGAUAUUAAAUGCACAACAAGGUAUAAUAAAGACCAUUUACACAUCCUCUC